AUGGACCCGUACUCAAAGUCCAGGUAUGAACAUGGGAUAGAUGCCAAAAUUGUGGUCAUGGGCAAUACAGGCGUGGGCAAGACCAGCCUCCUCCAUCGCUACACUCAGAACAGGUUCGAUCCCAGGAACAUGACGUCUACGACCGGGGCUUUCUUCGUAACCAAGAAAGUUCAUAUCGACGGUUUGAAGGUUCGACUACAACUAUGGGACACUGCAGGACAGGAACGAUUUCGAAGCAUGGCUCCCAUGUAUUAUCGCGGAGCAAAUGCCGCCCUUCUCUUGUACGAUAUCACGAAUGCUGCUACGUUCGAGGACAUUCGGGGAUGGUUAGCUGAGUUGAAGAAAAAUUGUCCGCCAGAGCUCAUCAUUUAUAUCGUUGGCUCCAAAGCCGACCUCCAUCAUCACAGACAGGUCACAUCUGAUCUAGCCCGCCUAUCGCUGCACACCUGGUUUCCCCCACCGCGCCCCCCAACACCUCCUCCCCCUCCACCCCCACCACCUUCAACGCUAUCUUAUAUUCGCCCCAGAUUCACAUCCUUUACUAGCAUCAGAUCAGUCCCUCUAAACAACCCCCCAAUAAAGUCUUCUCCACCACACAGCGCGUCCUACUUGGAUCCCGCCAUUAGUCAGUCAUCACAUUCGUCUGCGCUCAAGCGAUGCAACACUGGUCCUGGCCUUCCGAAAUCAAAGACGACAGGUCAGAGCUUGAACAGGUCAAAAACAGAGGCAUCCCGUUCCCCACAAUCACGAUUUGGUUCACACUUUGGGCGGCAUACUGGAGGGUAUGACGCUGCGGAUAGCAGCAGCAAUAGUAUCAAUGAAGAUGAGGAAGACCUUGAUCUCGAUGACGGAGAAUGGGGACUACACAAGGGGAUGGAACUUUUUGAGGUCUCGGCUAAAGAUGACUUUGGUAUCGAAGGGCUCUUCGAAUCAUUGAUAAACGCAAUCAUUGAGCGUAAGGAUAUCAUUGAGCGCGAAAAUGAGCUCAAGAAACGUGAUAGUGUCUUCUUAUCGACCAUCAGCACGCCCACCUGGGCCGCCCAAGCCGAAGAAGAAGAGGCACGAGAGAAGGCUCGUUCCACUUCAGGGGGUUGGAGCUGCUGUUCUUCGUGA